AUGACAGGACAAAGGCUUGAAAAAUGCAUCGCUCUUUGCCUACUGCCUUGGAGCUGCCUGAGUGUUGCCCGGAACAGUGCUGCUGGGCCUGCAGCAGAACACAUCGGGAAAAGGCUGCCCAGAGACUUUGCCAAUGGGACCUACGAGCACAGCAACAUCUCAGCACAGUGCACAGCUCUGCCCCCACCGCGCCACGGACACUAUUAUGUGGACAGAGGCUCGGGUGUCUCCGUGGGCUCAGUCAUUGUGUACUGGUGUGAAGAGGGCUACCGGCUGGCGUCCCUGCUCAUUGCAGGGGGGCUGGACCAGGUGACCCUUAAAGGCCCCUUCCAGCUGAAACGAUUCUCCGACUCCGUGAUCUCCAGCGCCUCGGGGACACUUGACCCGGGCCCGCCUGGGACGCGCUCCUCACGGAGCGCCCCGGGGCUCUCGGUUCCGCGCCGUGCCGCCGCUCAGCGCCGCGCUCUGCCUCUGCCCGCAGCCGUCCCGCCGCCCGCGGACACGGGCUCCCGCCUGGCCGUCGCCGCCGCGCUGGUGAGCGGAGCCGUCAUCCUGGCGCUGGCCGCCUCCUUCGCCGUGUGCUGCUGGCGGGAGCGGGCGCGGAGGAGCCGCGGCCUGGGGCCGGGGAACGGCGGGCGGCGGCAGCCGGGGAGGAAGCCCAGAGCGGGACGGACGGGCGACGGCUGGGCCGCACAGCGGGGCAGGAAGGCGUUCGGGAGGCUGAAGCACCACCACCGCCGCGAUUACCACCUCUCGGCCCUCUCCAGCUCGGUGUUCCCGGGGCCGUUCGCGGGCUGCAAUAACGUGGCCUUCCAAAGGAGCCCCGAUCGCCUGCCCCAGCGCGGCUCGCAGCCCGGAGCGUGGCUCUGGCCGCAGCCGGCAUCGCAGCCCCACGCGGCGCCCCGCAGCUCGCCGAGCCGCCGGCCCCGCUGCCUGCAGCUGCCCCCCGGGCAAGGCCGCAUCGACCGGCCCCGCGUCCUGCUGCCCGGCUGCUACCGAAGCUAUGCGGAACACAAGCUCUCCGACACGUGCGGGAGGCCAGUUUGAAAACGGAAGCUGUCAUUCCUUUUUUUUUUUUUUUUUUUUUUUUUCCCUCCUCCCUUUCUUUCAUUCUUUCCCAGCAUCAAUUCCUUGAAAUGCCACAGAGCUCAGGAAAGAGUUCACCAGAGCCACUUACUGCACCUGGGUUUUCAAACAGAAAAUUGGACGCUGCUCCGGGAAAGGCUUUCUUGAUAUAAUCCUCCCCCUCUGCCCCCGUGUCCAGAAGUGCACGUUUCAAACAAGUUGCCACAUUAGCGGCUUCUCGGCUGAUCAUUCAGGGGAGAUGCACAAAGCCAAGUGUAAUAGCUCUACUUGAAGCUAUAGGCACGUGCAGACUUCCCCUUUUCAAACACAGAAAUCAGAUUUUCUGUUCAGGGCUCCUAUAAAGGCAGAAAGUGAAUGCUGCCGGGUACCAGAACAAGCACUCUCUCUCAUUAGAUGAUUUUAAAUAUUUGCAAUUCAUUACACUUGAAUGUAGGCUGAGAUUUAAAGGCUUUUGGUUAUUGUUCAGAACUUGCACCAUCCUCCCAUCUCUACAGACACUCCUGGACUUGCCAGAUGCAAUGACAAGUGUGUAAAGAUAACCAGCCAAGAGGAAAACAUGAGUUCAUCUUCAAUACAAAAGACCUAGCACCUUUAGAGAAAACAAAACAAAACUCGGGGCUUUUCAUCCCUUCUUUCCUGCAUUAGAAAUUCACAUCACACAUAUCAGGACCAACAGCAGUGAGUGAAGAGCUAGCUAAGUGCCAUAAAUUGCACCCAGAAGGCACCAGCACCCAUAUUCCUGUCCAGCAGCGCACACACAGCCUGCCCAGCAGCAUCAGGACAGACCUGGCCAUACAUGACGUGCUCGAUGCAUGCUGGGCAUAUGGGCUCGAGGAACACAAGCACACAGGGAUGCUCAGAAGCCAUUACUGACUGCAUAAUGAAGAGGUGCCGGCAGCCCUACAGCUGCUAGGUGUGCAGGGUAGGGACAAAGAGUGAGCACCCAGAACAUGAUCCACCAGCAUCACCAUCCAGCACUGACAGAUGCAAACUGUCCUGCUGCAAAGGCUGGGGGUUUUGGGAUGCCACCUUGGUUUCCAUCAACGUUUGAAUUAUAUAAGGACUUCUUUCCUUGAAAAGACAGAAGGUAGAAUGUUUUUGUGAUAAAGGUAAGACCUAUUAGCAGACAUCCCUGGAAACACUGCUGCUUCUCCCUGGAAAGAGGUCAGGGACACUUUUUCUAAUAAAGGUAUCUCUCCCCAUU